ACUGAAUUACUUGCCCUCGCAAUAUAUCACGUACGCCAGCGCCACUGUCUGCAGAGUGCAGUAAAUACAAAUUUCGGGUAAAUUCACAAUAACAACAAAGUACAAAAUGGCUUCGCUUCUGAGGUUACCUUGCCGAUCUGGUGUCAAUUUACUUGGUCAUUUCUCGAAAUCGGUCACACCAUCACUUAGUGCCAGACCGUUCCAUUUCACAAUCGAGGGGAGACAAACAGGAGGGAAUGUGAAGACAGGAUCAAUUGCUCGUGACUACCCAGUCGUGGACCACACCUACGAUGCGGUGGUCUUAGGGGCCGGUGGCGCGGGGCUGCGCGCGGCCUUCGGCCUAGCCCACGAAGGGUUCAAGACAGCGUGCGUCUCCAAACUCUUCCCUACACGAUCACACACGGUCGCUGCACAGGGCGGCAUCAAUGCAGCACUUGGCAACAUGGAGCCAGACAACUGGAGAUGGCAUAUGUAUGACACAGUCAAGGGCUCUGAUUGGCUGGGAGAUCAAGAUGCGAUCCAUUACAUGACGGAAGAAGCACCAAAAGCCGUGAUAGAGCUUGAGAAUUAUGGCAUGCCCUUUAGUCGUACCGAGGAGGGCAAGAUUUACCAGCGAGCCUUCGGUGGACAGAGCUACGACUACGGCAAGGGGGGGCAAGCUCAUCGCUGCUGCGCCGUGGCCGACCGGACCGGCCACUCAUUGCUACACACGCUGUACGGUCAGUCCUUGCGUUACGACUGCGAGUAUUUCAUCGAGUACUUUGGCCUGGAUUUGAUGAUGGAGGACGGGGAGUGUCGAGGAAUCACUGCACUGUGUCUGGAAGACGGCACUAUCCACAGAAUCAGAGCCAAGAACACUAUCCUGGCCACUGGCGGUUAUGGGCGUGCCUAUUUCAGCUGUACCUCCGCCCACACCUGCACUGGCGACGGCACCGCUAUGGUUACCAGGGCGGGAAUAGCCAAUGAGGACAUGGAGUUUGUCCAGUUCCACCCUACAGGUAUCUACGGCGCAGGCUGCCUCAUCACUGAAGGGUGUCGUGGUGAGGGCGCCAUUCUCAUCAACAGCGAGGGUGAACGCUUCAUGGAACGCUACGCCCCGACUGCCAAGGACCUGGCCUCCCGCGACGUCGUCUCACGCUCCAUGACCAUCGAGAUCCGUGAGGGACGGGGUUGCGGUCCCAACAAGGAUCACGUCUUUCUGCAGUUGUCGCAUCUGCCACCUCAGCAGCUCGCCAUGCGCCUGCCGGGCAUCUCCGAGACCGCGCAGAUCUUUGCCGGCGUUGACGUGACCCGAGACCCGGUGCCCGUGCUUCCGACGGUGCAUUAUAACAUGGGCGGGGUACCGACCAACUACAGAGGGCAGGUGAUCACGUACGAGAACGGCGAAGACAAGAUUGUGCCUGGCCUGUACGCCUGCGGGGAGGCUGCCUGUGCCUCGGUCCACGGAGCCAAUCGCCUGGGUGCCAACUCUCUCUUGGAUCUGGUGGUGUUUGGUCGUGCCUGCGCUCACACUAUCACGGAGCUGGAUAAGCCUGGCGACGCCCAGCCCGAAUUGAAAUCGAAUGCCGGUGAAGCUUCUGUUGCCAACAUCGACAAGCUGCGCUACGCUGACGGCAAUACCAAGGUGGCAGACAUCAGGCUGAACAUGCAGAAGGUCAUGCAGAACAAUGCUGCGGUGUUCCGAACCGGUGAAACUCUGAAGGAAGGUGUUGAUCUCAUCAUGGACACUUACAAGACUAUGGACGACAUGAAGGUGUACGACCGCGGUCUCGUCUGGAACACUGAUCUGGUGGAGGCCCUAGAACUGCAGAACCUGAUGUUGAACUCUGUUCAGACAAUGGUGGCAGCAGAGGCACGCAAGGAGAGCAGAGGAGCGCACGCACGGGAGGACUUCAAGACCCGUAUUGAUGAGUAUGACUUCAGCAAGGCGUUGGAGGGUCAGACGCCCAAGCCUUUUGAGGAGCACUGGAGGAAGCACACCAUGAGCGACAUGGACAUCAACACCGGAAAGGUUGACUUGGUGUACAGACCCGUGAUUGACAAGACAUUAAACCAGGAAGACUGCUCAACCGUUCCCCCCGCCGUUCGUUCGUAUUAAACAAAAUUAAACUACUUAAACUUGUACAGCCCUCCCUCAAACUAUCUGUAGAAGAAUGAAUGUGAUGUGAUCGAGCUAUGUGAGUUGUUUGUCGACCCUGGUCAAUUUUUGUUACAGAUUUGAAAAGAGCACAAUCCCAGCAUUACUGCUGUGAAAACCGUUUGCUGUAGUUCAAAAAUUAUGGUAUUCGAAACACCAAGAAAUGUGAUAAAGUGAUGUGAUGAAGUGGCCCUAUUUUGGCCUGAACCUCCAAAUGAAAAUUCCCAGCAAACGACUCAUUUAGCUUGAUUGUAUCACAAAUGUCUUCAAAACAUACAAACUGUCCGAAAUAUUUUGGACAUUGAAAAGAAAACGUGAAAGCCAGUUUGUAGUCGUUUGGCAUUUAAGCGUGCGGUUUGAGAAAUACAAAUUUCUAGGCUAACAUGUUUUUGUCGAAGAAAUAUGAACAUGGAAAUGAAUCAACUUGUAAUGCAAUUUUAGGCUUUUGGGGCUGAAAAUGUAUAUAAACAUAUAAUGUGCUUAUCCUGUCUCGUAUUUCGAGAUGAAGCAGUGAUUGUUGGUGUGCUUGAACUAAAGAUGUACACGUGAUAAUCUGUUUCUAACUUCGAAGAUUAAAACUAAUAAAAGGCUAGGAUGAAGAGAUUUUUCUGUAGGUAUGAAUUCAGAAGUUUAUAUACGACUUGUAUUUCACUGUGUAACUUCAUGCAUUGUGUAGAAAUUAACAGAAUUAGAAAACUGGUUAUCAUGAAAAGAUUUCUCAGCCUCUGAGAUUUGAUUGGUUGCUAUGUGCUGUGAAGUUAUCUUCCCUGCUGUCUGAUUGGUUAAUUUGGUGAGUUGACGACAGUCUAAGUUGACAACAGCCUCCGUUAGUUUUGCCAAAACAGCCCAUAGCAAACACGGCUUUAGUCAUAGUGCAUGCUAGUACAAAGAUGAUUGACAAGUCCAGUCAACUAACCGGGACCAGACUAUUGAGGUUGGUCACAUUACUGGUAACCGACCCAUAGUCACACAAAAAGCAGUGUUAAGCAGGGAGCCAGGAUUGUAAAAUUUUGAUGUGAUGAAAUUAUUCUCAAACUUCCUGACACAAAUCUGUGAUCGUCCUUGUUUUUCUGUCAGUUUAUGAUAUUAAAACGUCUUGUUGCUAGAGGUGGUAACAUUUGUUUGUUUUUUUGUUGGUUUUUUGUGCGCAGACAUUUUACAUAUAAGCAGACAGCAAAACAUGUUUAUGAAAGUAUUGCACAAUUUCUUUUGCCAACCGAAUCAUGUAUCUAUAUCUCAAUAUCAAGUUUGAUGAUAAUUAAUAAAAAACAACUUGACAAACUAAAGUGGAAAAGUGCCACUUCAAAAGAAAUAGCACAGAUGCUCAUAUGAACUAGUGUAUUAACGUCUUGUUCUGACUUAAAUUUAAAAAAACUUCAAGAGGUCAUUGGUAGUUGUACAUUUCUAACUAAACUGGUAGUUGAGUAGGAAAUAAAAGGUGUUUUGUCUCAGUAUUUUAAAGUCUGAAUAUCCAAUAUUAAAGUCUACCUACCUAUUUUGUUUAACUGCUAAAACUGCAUAAUAGUUUGUGAAAAAUAUUGUGAUAGAAUUAAAUGAAAACUAGAGGUUCGUGUUGUUGAGACACAAACGUAGA